GGCGGCACGGGGUGCGCGGGGAGCGGCGGCCGGAGCCCGGGGCCCGCCAUGGGCCGCCCCGAACGGGGCGCGCUCCGGCCGCUGGCGCUGCUGCUGCUGCUGCUGCUGCAGCUCCAGCAUCUCGAGGCGGCGGCGGAUCCACUGCGCGGCGGCCAAGGGUCGGUCAAGGAGUGCGAAGAGGACCAGUUCCGGUGCCGGAACGAGCGCUGCAUCCCCUCUGUGUGGAGAUGCGACGAGGACGACGACUGCUCGGACAACAGCGACGAGGAUGACUGCCCCAAGAAGACCUGUGCGGACAGCGACUUCACCUGUGACGACGGCCACUGCAUCCGAGAGCGGUGGAAGUGCGAUGGCGAGGAGGAGUGUCCCGACGGCUCGGACGAGUCCGAGGCCACUUGCACCAAGCAGGUGUGUCCCGCAGAGAAGCUGAGCUGUGGACCCACCAGCCACAAGUGUGUGCCUGCUUCGUGGCGCUGUGAUGGAGAGAAGGACUGCGAGAGUGGAGUGGACGAGGCCGGCUGUGCCACCUUGUGCGCCCCGCACGAGUUCCAGUGCAGCAACCGCUCUUGCCUGGCCGCCGUGUUCGUGUGCGACGGCGACGACGACUGUGGCGACGGCAGCGACGAGCGUGGCUGCGCCGACCCGGCCUGCGGGCCCCGCGAGUUCCGCUGCGGCGGCGACGGCGGCGCCUGCAUCCCCGAGCGCUGGGUCUGUGACCGCCAGUUCGACUGCGAGGACCGCUCGGACGAGGCGGCCGAGCUCUGCGGCCGCGCGGGCCCCAGGGCCACGUCCGCGCCCGCCACCUGCGCCGCUGCCGCCCAGUUCGCCUGCCGCAGCGGCGAGUGCGUGCACCUGGGCUGGCGCUGCGACGGCGACCGCGACUGCAAGGACAAGUCGGACGAGGCCGACUGCCCGCUGGGCACCUGCCGUGGAGACGAGUUCCGGUGUGGGGAUGGGACUUGUGUCCCUGCCAUCAAGCGCUGCAACCAGGAACAGGACUGUCCAGACAGGAGUGAUGAAGCUGGCUGCCUGCAGGAGUCAACAUGUGAGGGUCCCCGCAGAUUUCAGUGUAAGAGUGGCGAGUGCGUGGACGUCGGGAAAGUGUGUGAUGCUCAGAGGGACUGCCGGGACUGGUCAGAUGAGCCUCUGAAAGAGUGUGUUCUGCCAACAUCCCAGAGAAACAGGAGGCGGCCCAGGGGUAAAGAGGAGCAUUCCCUAAGCAUGGCUCAGGCUGGAGGGCUGAACGAGUGUCUGCACAACAAUGGCGGCUGUUCCCACAUCUGCACCGACCUCAAGAUCGGCUUUGAGUGCACGUGCCCAUCGGGCUACCGGCUCCUGGACCAGAAGACCUGUGGUGACAUUGACGAGUGUGAGGACCCGGAUGCCUGCAGCCAGAUCUGUGUCAAUUACAAGGGCUACUUUAAGUGCGAGUGCCACCCUGGCUACGAGAUGGACACCCUGACCAAGAACUGCAAGGCCGUCGCUGGCAGAAGCCCGUCCCUAAUCUUCACCAACCGGCACGAAGUGCGGAGGAUAGACCUGGUGAAGCGGGACUACUCGCGUCUCAUCCCCAUGCUCAAGAACGUCGUGGCGCUGGACGUUGAAGUUGCCACCAAUCGCAUCUACUGGUGUGACCUCUCCUACCGCAAGAUCUACAGCGCCUACAUGGACAAAGCCAGCGACCCGGCGGAGCAGGAGGUCCUCAUUGAUGAGCAGCUGCACUCUCCGGAGGGCCUGGCAGUGGACUGGGUCCACAAGCACAUCUACUGGACCGACUCGGGCAACAAGACCAUCUCAGUGGCCACAGUUGAUGGCAGACGCCGCUGCACUCUCUUCAGCCGUGACCUCAGUGAACCCCGGGCCAUUGCCGUCGACCCCCUGCGAGGGUUCGUGUAUUGGUCUGACUGGGGGUACGAGGCUAAGAUCGAGAAGUCUGGGCUCAACGGUGUGCACCGGCAGACACUGGUGUCAGACGGUAUUGAGUGGCCCAACGGAAUCACCCUGGAUUUGCUGAACCAGCGCUUGUACUGGGUGGACUCCAAGCUGCACCAGCUGUCCAGCAUUGACUUCAGCGGAGGCAACAGGAAGAUGCUGAUUUCCUCCCCUGACUACCUGAGCCACCCUUUCGGGAUAGCUGUGUUUGAGGACAAGGUGUUCUGGACAGACCUGGAGAACGAGGCCAUUUUCAGUGCAAAUCGGCUCAAUGGCCUGGAAAUCUCCGUCCUAGCUGAGAACCUCAAUAACCCACAUGACAUUGUCAUCUUCCAUGAGCUGAAGCAGCCACGAGCUGCAGAUGCCUGUGAGCUGAGUGCCCAGCCCAAUGGAGGCUGUGAGUACCUGUGCCUUCCUGCUCCUCAGAUGUCCAGCCACUCCCCCAAGUACACUUGUGCCUGUCCUGACACAAUGCGACUGGGCCCUGACAUGAAGAGGUGCUACCGAGCACCUCAGUCUACCUCAACUACAACGUUAGCCUCCACCACAACGAGGACAGUAGCCGACACCACCAGAGCUCCUGGGACCACCGUCCACAGCCCCGCCUACCAGAACCACAGCACAGAGACACCGAGCCUGGCAGCAGCGGUCCCAGGCUCAGUUAGUGUCCCCAGGGCUCCCAGCAUCAACCCAUCUACCCCAAGCCCUGCAACCAGCAACCACUCCCAGCACUAUGGGAAUGAAAGUGGCAAGAUGGGCUCAACAGUCACUGCUGCUGUCAUUGGGAUCAUUGUGCCUAUGGUGGUUAUAGCCCUGCUGUGCAUGAGUGGCUACCUGAUCUGGAGAAACUGGAAGCGGAAGAACACGAAAAGCAUGAAUUUCGACAACCCUGUAUACAGGAAAACAACAGAAGAAGAGGAUGAGGAUGAGCUCCACAUAGGGAGGGCUGCUCAGAUUGGCCAUGUCUAUCCAGCACGAGUGGCAUUAAGCCUUGAAGAUGAUGGACUGCCCUGAGGAUGGGACCACUCCCUUCGUGCCUCACGGAAUUCAGUCCCAUGCACUACACCCUGGAUGGUGUAUGCCUGGAUGGAAGGGUUUCUGUACAUGAGUCUGUGUGUCUGUGUGUGUGUGUGCGUGUGUAAUUUUUUUUAAUUUAUAUUGCGGAAAGGUAACCACAAAGUUAUGAUGAACUGCAAACAUCCAAAGGAUGUGAGAGUUUUUAUAUGUAUAAUGUUUUAUACACUUUUUAACUGGUUGCACUACCCAUGAGGAAUUCAUGGAAUAGCUACUGCUGAGUGACUAACGUGAUGUACAUAACCAAAUGGGGCCGAUGGUACAGUAGCUUACUCAUCAUUUAAAAAUUAUAUUUACAGAGGGUAUUUGGUUUUGGGGGGCUUUUUUAGGUUUGAGAGGUUUUUUUUUUGUAAAUAGAAUGAUUAUGCUUUGUGGCUAUCCAUCAACAUAAGUAAAACGAAGAAAACACUUCAACUCCCUCUCCCGUUUAGAUUAUUUAUUAACAUAUUUCAAAAAUAAGAUUAGUUCUAUAAGUAAUUUAGAGAGGUGAGAGUAUUUAUUUUUGGUAUGAUUGGCCUACCACCCGGACUCUGUGUGCAUUUAUGUUUAUGUGCGUAUGUGAGUGAGAAAGAAAAAUCUGUAGAGAAGAGGCACACCUAUGGCUGUUGUUCAGAUACAUAAAGAUAAAUAUAUUUUAAAACAGUCCACAAGAAGGGUUAUCUGUAGUUUUCAGAGAAGCCUUUGGAAAUUUGGAUCAGAAAAGAGAUACCAUGGUUUGUGCAAACAUGCAGUGGGGAGAGGUAGAUCUUUUCUGCCUCUGGCUGUCCUUGGGAUUCCAAUCAGUCAGCAAAAGGCCCUCAGCUCACCCGUGGCUACUGUGGUUCUCUUCUGUGGCUAAAGCCAGUGUACAGACUUCACACAGUACCCAAAGUUCCCGUGAGCUCAGGUGAGAACAUGCCUGAACCUUGGCUACUCCUUGUUUUAAAGUUCAGCAUUUCAAGUAACUUCAUUUUCUUUUAGGACACUUGGGUUGAAUUCACUGUUUCCUCUGAAGCACACUGAGGGUGCCAUCCUUACUUAUAGAGAGCUAAAUGGAGAUGUUUCUUGAACAGCCCAAGUUUACUGUUGGGCCUGGCUCAGGCACUGACCUCUGAGUAUGCUAUGGGUUGAGGAUGAGAAUGGAGGAACAGGUUUUAUUACAUCUCUAUUUCUCCCUUCCCCUUUCUCUCUACCAUUUCCUUUAGGUGGAGAAAACAAUUUAAAGUGAUACAUAGGUUUGUUGCCAUCAUGUGUUCACAUAGAUGAAACUAAUAAGAAAAAGUGGCCAAACCUAAAGUCCUGUUUGAGGGGGAAACGGCGUACACAAUACUAUAGUAUAUUGGAUAUAUAUGUUCACACAGGGAUUUGGUUCACUGCUUUGUAAAUAAAAGGAGAAACUCUG